CCUCCACUCAGUGUCCUCCACCCCUCUCUGCCAGUCCCUCCACUGGCCUCCACUCAGUGUCCUCCACCCCUCUCUGCCAAUCCCUCCACUGACCUCCACUCAGUGUCCUCCACCCCUCUCUGUCAAUACCUCCACUGCCCUCCACUCAGUGUCCUCCACCCCUCUCUGCCAAUCCCUCCACUGACCUCCAUUCAGUGUCCUCCACCCCUCUCUGCCAAUCCCUCCACUGACAUCCACUCAGUGUCCUCCACCCCUCUCUGCCAAUCCAUCCACUGGCCUCCACUCAGUGUCCUCCACCCCUCUCUGCCAAUCCCUCCACUGACCUCCACUCAGUGUCCUCCACCCCUCUCUGCAAUACCUCCACUGGCAUCCACUCAGUGUCCUCCACCCCUCUCUGCCUGUCCCUCCACUGACCUCCACUCAGUGUCCUCCACCCCUCUCUGCCAAUCCCUCCACUGACCUCCACUCAGUGUCCUCCACCCCUCUCUGCCAAUCCUCCACUGGCAUCCACUCAGUGUCCUCCACCCCUCUCUGCCAAUCCCUCCACUGGCAUCCACUCAGUGUCCUCCACCCCUCUCUGCCAAUCCCUCCACUGACCUCCACUCAGUGUCC